AUGGAGAUGAGAAAUAAUCUGUUAACUGUGUUUGCUCUGUUAUUUUUUAUCAAUGGAGUCACUGUUAGAGGAUUUGAGGCUGAUUAUAAUGAUGCUUUGGCUAAAAGCUUGCUGUUUUUAGAGGCCCAAAGGUCUGGAUAUCUGCCUCCUAAUCAGAGGGUCACAUGGAGAGGCAAUUCUGGUCUUCAAGAUGGAUCCAUGCAAGGGGUUGACUUGGUGGGUGGCUAUUAUGAUGCUGGAGAUCAUGUGAAAUUUGGACUGCCAAUGGCAUUCACCGUGACAAUGCUCAGUUGGAGUAUUAUUGAGUAUGAAAAGCAGAUUGCUGCUGCAGGGCAGUUGGAUUAUGCACUUGAUGCAAUUAAGUGGGCAACUGAUUAUAUCAUCAAAGCUCAUCCAGAGCCCAAUGUAUUGUGGGGUCAGGUGGGAGAUGGAGAUAGUGAUCAUGCUUGCUGGCAGAGAGCAGAAGACAUGACAACUCCAAGGGGGGCAUACAGAAUUGACUCCUCUAAUCCUGGUUCUGACUUAGCUGGUGAAACUGCUGCUGCAAUGGCUGCAGCAUCUAUGGCUUUUAAAUAUUCUCAACCACAAUAUUCAGAGACCUUAUUACAACAUUCAAUACAGCUUUUCGAAUUCGCGGACAAAUAUCGCCGCAAAUAUGACAGCAGUAUCUUCAGUGUUAAAAAGUUCUAUCAAUCUGCAAGUGGAUAUGGAGACGAAUUGCUGUGGGGUGCUAUGUGGCUGUAUCAGGCCACAAAUCAGGAUUCUUAUCUGCAAUAUGUAGUAAAUAAUGCUGAAUCUCUAGGAGGCGUUGGAUGGAAUGUGCAAGAAUUUACGUGGGAUGUCAAAUAUGCAGGCGUGCAGAUUCUUGCAAAUAAGAUGUUGCUGGAAGGUAAAGGUGGUCAAUAUACUUCAACUUUGGAACAAUAUCAAGAGAGGGCCCAAUUUUACCUCUGUUCUACAAUACAGAAGAACAGCGGAUAUAAUGUUGAUCUCACACCAGGAGGUAUGAUAUAUUUAAGAGAAUGGGACAACAUGCAGCAUGUUUCCAAUGCAGCCUUUUUAUUAGCAGUCUCUUCAGAUUAUUAUACCAUUGCUCAACAGAAGCUCCAAUGUUCAUAUGAACAAGUGGAUCCCUCGCAGAUGCUUGCAUUUUCGAAGUCUCAGGCUGAUUAUAUUCUAGGAAACAAUCCAAUGGGCAUGAGCUAUAUUGUAGGAUAUGGCCCAAAGUCUCCACUCCAUGUUCACCACCGUGGAGCAUCCAUGGUUUCUUACAAACAAGACACAUCCUUCAUUCCGUGUAUGAAAGGCUAUGCUGACUGGUACAACAGCUUUCAACCAAACCCAAACGUUCUGGUGGGUGCUCUGGUUGGAGGCCCUGAUCAAAAUGAUAACUAUGAAGAUAAUAGAGAUAACUACAAACAAUCCGAACCAACUACUUAUAAUAAUGCUCCUCUUCUUGGCCUAUUUGCAAAACUAAACACGUCAAAACUUAGAAUGUACUCUUUAAAUUUACCCAUUGACUUCUGA